AUGAAGACCUCUUUCGUCGCUCUCCUCACCAUGGCCGUCGGCGCCUUCGCCGGCCCCAUCGCCGUCCAGCGUGACACCGAGGUGCAGGCCCCCGUCACCUUCGUGACCCUCACCGAGAGCGUCCGCACCUACACCGCUCAGAUCAACAGGACCCUCGAGACCGUCCCCGAGCACCCCACCGUCGAGGCCCAGACCAAGGUCAUCACCACCCUGACCCCCCAGAUUGAGGGCAUCACCGACCUCCUGCUCAAGGCCACCAAGGCCGCCACCUCCAAGGACUUCCUCUCUGGCGUCACCGGCGACACCCUCUCCGCCGUCCUCUCCCUGGUCAACGAGGUCGUCUACACCGUCAAGGCUGUCAUCGCCAAGCUCGGUCUGGAUGGUGUCCUCCAGCUCGUCCAGCCCCUGAUCCUCGCCCUCGGCGGCCUGGUCCGCUCCCUGAACCUUGUCGUCGACGGCCUGCUCAUCGUUGUCCAGGGCAUCCUGAACACCGUCCUGAGCACCGUUGCCAGCCUCCUGACCACCCUCAUCUAA